AUGAAUUCUAGCUCUCUUUCUCGUCAUGAGACAUGGCGUCUCUUGAUGCUAGUGGGCACCUGUGCUGGCAUCCUACUCAACACCUUCCAAGAUGGAGGCGCGCCUUUGGUGGCAUCGAUUGCCUUCAGUGGCAUAGUAUUUGCAGUUGCAUACAGUCUGAUCAGAUGGCUGGGGCCUGUCUUCAUGAAAGCAGGGUUGAAAGGAAGGGAUAUGGCGAAACCAAAGAGACCUGAAAUACCAGAGACAAUGGGAGCCGUUUGCGCUGUGGUGUAUCUGCUGGCGCUUAUCUUCUUUAUUCCUUUUGCCUUUUACAAGGAUAUUGUGGCAGCUACUUCGGGCGGAGGCAAUCGAGAUGUCGUUCUUGAAGUCCAUCACGUUGAAACUGGUCGGAUGCUCCACCGAUUUCCUCACGGAAGGCUUGCGUCCUAUCUCUCUGGGCUCCUUUCCCUACAAUGUAUUGUCAUCCUUGGACUAGGUGAUGAUCUUCUUGAUAUCCGAUGGAGACACAAAGUUCUCAUACCGGCUUUUGGCGCUAUCCCAAUGCUUAUAGUUUACUUUGUGGACUUUGGUGUCACACAGGUUGUCGUUCCGGUGCCCUUGCAGCCAUACUUGGGCUCAUUCGUCGACCUCGGAUGGCUUUAUUACGUAUAUAUGGCUGCGGUGGCUAUUUUCUGUCCCAAUUCCAUCAACAUGUUGGCAGGGAUCAACGGCGUUGAGGUUGCCCAGUCUCUCGUGAUCGCAACUUUACUCAUAGCAAAUGAUGUGUUGUACCUCGCGCCCAUCACGCCAUACCCCCAUCCCGCCACCGACUCGCAUCUCUUCUCCCUUUACUUCCUUCUUCCAUUUGUUGGGGUAUCAUUGGCACUGUUGCUGCACAACUGGUACCCCUCGAAGGUAUUCGUUGGGGACACCUACUGCUACUUUGCUGGGAUGGUAUUCGCCGUCGUUGGUAUUCUGGGUCAUUUCAGUAAAACGUUGCUGCUGCUUUUUAUUCCGCAGAUUUUCAAUUUUCUGUACUCGACCCCACAACUUUUUAAAUUGAUCCCUUGUCCUCGACACAGAUUGCCCAAGUUCAAUGCCGUGACCGGACUCCUUGACGCCUCUGUAACGGAGUGGUCUGUGCCGCCUUCUCCUCUGGUUGCCACUUGCUUGGAGGUUUUGCAUCGGCUGCGACUGGUGCGUGUUACCAAGAAUGAGCAGGGCCAGAUCGUGGAGUCAAGUAACUUGACUAUUCUUAAUCUAUGGCUGGUAUGGAUGGGGCCAAUGAAAGAGAACCAGCUGGCAUGGAACAUGGUCGCUGUUCAAAUCGUUUGUGGAACCCUUGGUUUAGUCGUGCGGCAUCGCCUAGCAUUGUUAGUAUUUCGAGAAGAUAACCGGACUUUUGGGCUACAACCAUAG